GGCAACACCCUGGACCAAGCCAGAUUUUGGCCCCCUGGCAGCCAGGCGCCCCGUUGAUAGCCAGGCAGGUCAGACGGCCCCGGGAGGCAGCCACUGUGCUGAUCGGCUGUUGUGGUUUGCUCCCCUCCCAGGAGAUGAACACCAAGGAGAGGUACAACUCCUCCGCCAGGAUCCGGGUCAACGUGCUGGACGGGGAUGACCAGUACCCCCGGUUCCUGCCGUGCAAUUUCCUGGCGCACGACGGGGCCAGCGUGUGCGUCAGCCCCGUCUACACGGCAAACGUCACUGAGCGGGAGGUCAAGGUGGGGCCUUUGCACUUCGUCCCCGGCUCGGUCUACGCAGAAGAUGGGGACAGGGAGCUGAAGGCUGCCAUUACCUACGCCAUCCUCGCAGGGACGGACCACGGCAGGUUCCAAAUAGACAACGUGACGGGCGCCAUCACCAUGCUGCGGCCUGCAGAGAGUCGGAGCCACACGCCUGCCUUCAGCCUCAGCGUCAUGGCCGCGCAGGUGAACGAUGCCAACAAGUACGUGGUGACGGAGGUGCGGGUGAGGGUCCUGGCCGCCAACGUGCACCCGCCUCGCUUCAGCCGGCCCCAGUACCAGGCCUUUGUGCGGGAGGAACCCAGCCUGGCCGCGCUGGUGCUGACGUACAGCGACCGGGUGCUGACGCUGCAGGCCGCCGACGCCGACUUCCCCGAUGGCUUCAACCCGAAGGUCCGGUACAGCCUGACGCCCCAGUCCAACCACACCCAGCUCUUCCAGAUCACGCCGAGCGGGCUCCUCGUGGCCCGAGCCGACCGGCUCCGUGCCCUCCAGCAGUACUUCCUGCAGGUCAUCGCGCGAGACGAGGAAUCAGGGGAGACCACCAACACGACGGUCAACGUGGAGGUGCUGCGGCCGGGCCAGGCAGUGCCCGUGGACCCUUCCGAAGCCGGGCAGAGCCAGGGCCCGCUGGACGUGGGGGUCCUCGCCGGCAGCCUGGGGGCGCUGCUGCUGCUCACCGCCGCCAUCCUCCUCCUCCUCGUGCACGCCAUGAAGAAGAGGCAGCGCCAUCAGCAAGCCCUGGAGAGGGCCUCCCUGGCCAUCGAGAAGCACCCCAAUGUGGUCAACGCCGGGAAGUCGGCCCCCCACCCCGGCAACAUUUACUUUCAGAACGAAGGCUACAGCGACCUGGGAGACACCACGCCGGAGAGCUCCGGGGGCUGGGUGGCCCAGGCCGUGCCGCCGGGGAAGAGCGAGCCGGCUGAGACCAGCAAGGUGAGCCCCCUAGCCAACUCCGUGGAGAAGGCCCAUGGCUUGCCGGGAGCACGGAGCGGGGCAGGGUUAGCGCCCACGGAGAAGGGAGACAGCGCCGCGGCGACGCUCCCCAACGGGCAGACGUUCGAGCCGUCGGGGUGUAAGGAUGCCUGCCAGGAAGACCAGGCGCCACCCAGGAAGUGCAGCACCAGCGCAGAGCCCGGCGCCGAGGAGGGCACCGCAGAGUCCCAGCCAGCAGGGGAGAAGGAGGAAGAGCCCCCACCGCACGACGCUCAGCUGGGCAGCCAGGAAAAGCAAACAGAGGCUGGGGCGGGAAGCCAGGAGACGGAGGUGGGGGCGAGCAAACCUUUGCAAGACAAGCCGCAAGCCGCUGCAGGCCAGGGGGACGCAGGCUGGAGUGAGCAGGAGCCGCUAGCCAACCCCGCCAGCCAAUCCCUGCCUAAUUGCACUGCCAGCGAAGGGGACUCUCCGGCCGAGGGGGCCCAGGCGACUAGCCAGAGCGCCGCUCCCUCCAGUGCCCGCCACGCCGACGCCAGCCACACAGACGCCAGCCUCCAGCCCCCAGCCCCGAGUGGGCAGCACGAGCCCCCGCCCAAGCUGCCGGUGCUGGAGGAGGUGAGCGAGGAGACGCUGGAGGAGGAUGGCCCCAAUCCCGGAGCACCCACGUACCAAGACCCCCUGGCGCCCUUGCCCAUCAGCGACGUCCGCAUGCCGGUCACGUUGAUGCAGCUCCUGGAGGAUUCCAUAGAGUGUUAGCCCAUCCAAGAGGGGCGAGCGCCUCGGCCGCACGGAGCCGAGCCCAGCACAGAGACGGUGGCUGGCGACCGGAGCCAGCCCUCCUGUAAUGCCUGGAGAAGGGUGGGGGACCCCUCUCCCCGUUCCACAGCGCUAGAGUAAAGUCCAGCGUCCCACACGGUACCGAGGCCUGGUGCGGCACAGGUCGGAGCUUCCUGUGUCUUUCCCCAAAGUCCCUGGCCGUGGCACGCCUGGUGUGGCUACAAAGGAGCCUUUGACCUUUCUGGUUUGUAAAGAGACGUUUUUUAACGCAGGGCUGGGUGCGUGGUUUGUGCGAGGUUCGCGGUUCGCCGAGGGCUGUCAGCUGUCCGAGCUGAUCCUGGAGUCUCCGGGAAUUAAAGAUUAGUCUGUUGUGUGAUGAAACCUCCAGGAAUACAGCCAACCAAAACUGGCAACCCUACAUUUGCCCCAUCUGUGUCCAAAUUGCCCGCCC